GGAAAAGAUAAAGCAUUGAAGUUCAGGUCAGAUCCAAAGUAACUCAUUUCAUUUAAGGCUAAGCUGCAGUUAUUUACUGUAAUUCUGAAGCAAGCACUCUGAUAAAAAUACAGAUGCUUCAGAAACUUGUUUGUUCGCCCCCUGUUCUGUCAACCAACUCCUCAAGAAGGGAAUCACCUAUUAUUUCGCUACCCAAGCAUAACCAAAUUUUGAACUAAUGAUUCUUCUCCACAUGGCCUUCCUCCUGGUGUCAGCUUAUCUUUUGCUGACUCACACUCAGGGUGCUCCUGUAGAGAAUGGGGCCCUGCUGGAGACUCUGAAGUCACAAAUAGGAUUUUUCAGUAAUAAAAGUGAACACUAUUCUUCACAGGUGAGACCUCCUGGCACAAACCGACGAAUACCUCAGACAAUCAUUAUUGGAGUUCGUAAAGGAGGAACCAGGGCCUUAUUGGAAAUGUUGGAUAUUCAUCCUAAUAUUGUGGUAGCAACCACAGAAGUCCACUUCUUUGAUUGGGAUGAGAAUUAUGUUAAAGGAAUAGACUGGUAUAGGAGUUUGAUGCCGUUUUCUUAUGAAAAUCAAAUUACUAUUGAGAAAACACCAGGCUAUUUUACCUCACCACAGGCUCCAGAAAGAAUUCAUGACAUGAAUAGCUCUAUUAAACUGCUGCUCAUUCUCAGAGACCCCACUGAGAGAGUAAUAUCUGAUUAUACCCAAGUAUAUUACAACAGACUAGAAAGCCACAAGCGUGUUCAGCCCUUUGAAGAAAUUGUUAUUAAAAAUGGAGCACUUAAUACCAAAUACAAGGCUAUUCAGAGAAGUCUUUAUGAUAUCCAUAUGGAAAAGUGGCUUAAGCACUUCAACUUAGAUCAGAUUCACAUAGUGGAUGGCGAUACUUUAAUCAAGGACCCUCUUCCUGAGUUACAAAAAGUGGAAAUGUUUCUUAAUCUUCCUUCCAGAAUUGUUUCUUCUAAUUUUUAUUUUAACCAAACCAAGGGGUUCUAUUGCAUUCGAAGUGAUGGAAGAGAGAGAUGCUUACAUGAAUCCAAAGGGCGCCCCCACCCUGUUGUCAACAACACUGUUUUAGAGCAACUUUAUUCCUUCUUCAGAGAGCACAAUGCAAAAUUUUACAGAAUGGUUAAUCAUUCAUUUGACUGGCAUUAAUACAUUUGGAAUAAACAUUUCUUAAAAUGUCCUGAAAUAAAUUAUUUUCAAAGUUACCUUUAUAAACUCUCUGGGGUUGCUCAGACUGAAAACUCAAGAAGUGGUUAUUUUGGAAACAAUUUGUCUAUUUGCAGCACUGGUGCCCUUUAAACAUGGGAGAAAUAAGUUGGAUUAUACUUGUGUACAACUAUUCUGGGCCAGAAUUAGACCUUCGUUUUACUGCUGCAAAUCCAUUACUUUCAAUGGAGUGACUUUAGAUUUACAUAUGUAUGAUUAGCAUUUGAGUCCCUUUGGGAAAAUGACUGCUUUCAGUAGUGUACAAAAUACAAAUAGUUGAAGUUGUAUCAUUCUAACUGUUCUGUCAUUUUUGUUGGUAGUAUUUUUUUAUAUCGUGCCAAAAUAAUGGCAUUGAUUUCUAGAACUUUCAUACAGUACUAUAAUGACAUGUGUUAAUACUGGGGAUUCCGAAAGUGCUUCCUUAAUUUAAAAUCUGUUGAAGUAGCUAUUUAUUGUAAAGUACUUCCUACUUAAAUAACUAACAUAUAAUAAAGGGGCUCCAGUCCAACUAUGGUUUUGAAUACCUACCAGCUGUGUUGAAGCUCCUUUUUAUAUAGGAUGUUAAUAUUAAACCACUCACUCAUUCAUUACUUGGAUGCAAUAUCUUCAAACUACUGAAGAAAAUUAACAAUUUGAGGAACUUACUAUUUUGGGGUUCAGGAAGCAAAUAGAUGAGGAUCCAAAACAUCCUUGGUUUAUAUAAUAUCGAUCUGCAUAAUAAAUACAUCUGUAAACAAAUUUCUUAUUAGAUGGUGACAAUUGUACAACUGUUCAUACUUUUAAAGAGAAAACAAUUUUUCAUUAAUACUAUCUUGUUUGUAUUUCUGUGGCUAAUUGUUCUAUUGCUCUUUUAGAUUUAGUUUACGUAUCUAAUUUGACAUAUUCUUUACUGAAAAAAUAUUAAUUGCCUGCUCUCCAAAGCAUGGAAUAACUUUUUCUUUGUAGUUCCUAUUUGCAGAUCAUGAGAUGUACUCAGAGUUGAAAGUAAUUUCAUGUAAUAAGUAUAUAUUAUGGUAUAGCACUCACAAGGUAUCAAAUUCAAGAUAUCAAUUAUGAUUUACUCAGAUUUCUAUAAAGUCUAUAUUCAUGAAUAAGGAAUUGUUUGUUCAUUAUCAUUUCAACAGCAUUAUGCUGGUCUCUUUUUAGGUUCCAGCUCUUCUCAUGUGUAUCAAUAUUGAAAAAAGAAAAUUUAGUCUAAUCAUUCUGGCAGGAGCUAUUUUGCC